UUGUCGCCGCGGCCCCAUAGCAAUCUCUCGCGGCCCCGGGCGUCUCCACGAGCUGUGGCACGGGGAUGACGCCGGCCGCCCGCCUCCGGUCGCUGAGGGACAAUCAAUCGAUUAAUUGACAGGCUCGAUCGAUCGGUUGAUUGACAGGCUCCGCGGCGUGCACAGAAAUCGCGUGGGGGCGGAGCCACGCGCGUGAUUGACACUAGGACCCGGCGAUGCGGCGUGUGACACCGCGCGUGUAUGUGUGCACAGCGGCCGCCCUGUGGGCGUGGCUGGCCGCCGUGGCAGUGGCCUCGGCCGGGGGGCGGGGCCCCGGCGCAGAGCUGAGCGGAGGGGCGGUGCUAGGCGCUCGCUGCGCCGCCCGUUGCCUGGGGCUGCACGUGACGUCCCCGGAGGGGCGGGGCCAGGAAGGUGGCGGCAGCGACCCCCUGCUUCAGUGCCAGAACAACACGAGGUGUGCUCAGUGCCUGGCACCAUGUGCGGACCCUGAGGAGGUGAGCCCGCGACCAUGCAGCAGCCUCUGUGAGGCCUCGCCCUCACCCGAGUGCCUGUCGAGCUGUGAGUUCCUGCAGGCAGCGCGAGGGCAGAGGCAGGGCGCAUGCGCAGCGCCAGGCCGGGCCCGGGGCUUUGAGGCCGCAUGUGUGCGGAGCUGCGAGGCCGACAGCGACUGCGGUGGGGGCCGGAAGUGCUGCGGCAAUGGCUGUGGACACACGUGCCAGGCACCCCGUGCGCUCUUCCUAGGCGUGCCCCCAAGGCCCCGGCGUGCCCUGCGCUUCGCUGAGCGCCUGCCCAUGCUGGAGGUCACGUGGUCACCCGGGGUCAGCACUGCCCAGGAGCCUGUGGUGUUCCUGCUGCAGGCGAGGUCUAACCUCGGACCCCACCCCAGUGAGGACGGCGCCUCCGCCUGGGAGACUGCUGCUCAGACCGCCCUCCCACGCGCGCUCCUCCCUGCCCCACGUCCGGGCCGCUGGUUCCAGUUCCGUGUUGCUGCUGUCAAUGCCCGCGGAUCCCGUGGCUUCACCACACCCAGCAGGCACUUCCUGUCCACCCGAGAUCCCGUGGCCCCCCUGGCCCCAGCUGACCUCCGCGUGGUGGGUGAGGUUGUGCACAGCGAUGGCAGUGUGAGCGUGGAGAUCGCGUGGGCCCCGCCUCCUGAGCCCGACAUCCCACCCCGCCACUUCCGGGUCACGUGGGGCAAGGCCAUGGGUGGGGAGAGGCGGAGGAUGACUGUGGAUGCGACCCAGCACUCGGCAGUCCUACCCCGGCUACACCCUGGCAAGUACGAGCUGCAGCUCCAGGCUGUCGCCUUCUGGGGGGAGAAACGGCUUCUGGGCUCCCGGGCAGAGCUGCAGUUCUCAGCUGCAAACCCCGCUCCCGAUGAGGUCACCACGACCUCCAACCUCCUGCUCCCAGACCGCGCCAUCACGGAGGGAUGAUGUCGUCUGGCCCCUCACCAUCCUGACUGAGAGGGACGGGGCGGGUUUUCUCCAGAAGCCCAAACCCACUACCGCCAUCACCCCCUCGGAUGUUUACUGAUGUCAUAAUAAAUGUUAGUGAUGCCACGCCCAUGGAUGACAUCACAUAUGAUGUCACCACCUAUGACAUCGUUCCUGCCCUUCCCCAUGUGCUCAAAUUUAAAUAUGCAAGUGAGACCUUUAAGGAAAAUCCCGAUUUCCAAGUGGCGUCAUCUGGAUACACAAAUGUGGGCAGCUUGGACUUGAAUAAGCAAAUGGAAGUCAAUUAGAUUUUAAUAUGCAAAUGAGGAAGCCACACUAUUUGAAUAUCCAGUGUGAUGUAAUGUUCAAGUCGAGAAGCAGUGUUAAUUUGAGUAUGUAAAUUAGGGAAUCUCAGUCACAUGUCUAGACGGUUAAGUUAUUGUUGAAUCCUGAAAUGGUGCCAUUUUGAAUAUGAAAAUAUGAGCUUCUUUGAUUUGAAUAUGCAAAUUAGCCUCAAUUCAAUGUGUGAAUCCAGGCAUACUCUGAUGUGAAUAUACAAAUUAGGAGCCACCACUAUUUAAAUAUGCAGAGUAUGAUAAUGCUUAAGUCAUGAAGCAGCACUAUUUUGAAUAUGUAAAUACAGGCAUAGUGUGACAUAAAUAUGUAAAUUAGCCCCCUUCAGUGCCACAAAGGUAUCUUGCACAAAGGUAUCAGACGUGUUGAAUAUUAAAAUUUUAUGUAAAUGUG